AUGUCGUCUAUAGCUAAACUUCCUCAAAUAUUAAUAACAAUUCAAUUGCCUAAUGAAUACAUUGAUAUGUUAUCAAACAAAUCUGAUAUUGUCUAUCAUCAUAAUAAAUCAGAAUUAAUUGAACGCGAAUUAUUAUUGAAAUUAAUUGAUGAAAAUCAUGUAAAUGCUGUUAUUUACAGGUGGCGAUAUGAUCAUAUUGAUGUUAAGGAAUGUCAAAAACGUCAUAUACCUAUAGGCUACGCACCAAAUGUACCAACAAACUCAAUAGCUGAUUUAACUGUAGCAUUAUUAUUAACCACAUCAAGACGACUUAUCGAAGAUAUAGAUAUAGUUAAACAAGAAAAUUGGAAUUGGAAUAUAACAUUUUUAUGCGGAAAAUCAUUAGAGAGUUCAACUGUUGGAAUUGUUGGAUUAGGAAGAAUAGGCAGGUAGAUUUAAAACUUAACACAAAUAUAAGAAAAAUUCAAAAUAAACAAGUUUUCAAUUUACUUCCAUUUUAGUAGAAUCGUCAAAAGUAUAGUUUUUUUAUUUUCCAGCAAAAUAGACUUUUCCCAAUCGUCCAAAAAAAAGUCUAGUAUCGCCCAAUUCAUCUAGAUUGCCAGAUUUUUACUCGAUUGCAACUAUUGUGUAACGACAGUGGAAAUGAAGUAAUUGGCGAUUGCUAGACUUUUUCUAGUUGCAACUAUCAAUUUAUCGCCCGAUAAUCGAUCGAUUUAAGAGCCAUUAUCCGAUAGACUCAGACAGACACUGAUUGUUGAUGUCACAGAUUUAAAUGGGGUUUAUACCUGAUGUAGGUUUAUAUGUAACUAGAUAAUCGUUUUAAUAGCGUCAUUCAAAAUUCAUUGGUUCUCGAAUUACAGAGAGGACAAGAGAUGGCGCUGCAAAUCGGCCUUUCUGAUCAAGUUUAGAAAUAAAGUGUUUUUACCUAUUUUCGCGAGCUUUAACAAUUAUAUUUUGUUAUGAAUUUAUACUUUAGAACACGGGCUAUCUUUUCUACCUUUUCAGAGAGUUCAAAACUGCUUUGUUAGAACAUGGCUCUUGGCUUGAACGCAUGAGCUCAUAAGCUGAUUUUCCCAAUGCGGAAAAAUGUUUACGGCUCAAGCCUUAUAUCAAAAUGUAGGCCACACUCGGAUGUAUUCAGAUAGCAGAUUUUGGUUUAUGGACUAUUCUUUUUCCUAGAAUAGUUCUCAAAAACCGAUUUUUCAGAAAACCCCAAAUCGUGAAAAACCCCUUAGAACACUUUUUCGACCUCUCCAGGUUAUACCCCGUAAAAGUCUGAUCAAAAUGAGACGUCUCUCAGCUUUGUACGCCUUUUUCUGAAUGACAUCUGUGACAUCAACAAUCAUUGUCGACGGGUGAUUGUCUGAUUCUCCUAGAUAACGGCUCUUAACUAUUGCUAGACAUGCAGACGCAUCUGGUUAAAAGUCCCUUUUCCAGCUAGUAAUCUAGAUGACAAAUAGUCGUGUAUCGCUCGAUUAUAGAAGAAAUGUAUGUAGAUUUUUUGCAUCAGUCAUGUUUGCUUGGGUUUGCGUGUAAACGUUUCUUUUCUAGAUUUUCUAUUUCAAACAAAUAUCUAGGUGUUGAAAGGUUUCCUCCUUCCCUUUCCCAAUAAAUCUCCUUAAAGUUUGUCAGCUUGUACAGUAAGUCUAGGUACAUAAUUCGUGAUAGUUUUUUUGAAAGGUCACAAGAUCUUGGAGAUAGAGUCCGCUAAAGUUCUAACGGUCGCCGAAAGUUUUAGACAAGACAUACUUCGAGAAAAUUAUACAGCGCCUGCGUUUCAUAAUAUUCAAUCAUUCUCUUUUAUUUUAUCAAGGAAAGUUUGCUCAAUCCCUCUAAACACCCAUAUUAUCGCUCUCAUGAAAUGGUAAGGAAAUAACAAUUAUAAGCUCUUAAGGAGCCACCCCUCAGAAAUGGUGAUUUUCAGUCAAAAAAUCGGUUUUGAGAUAUGCACAUGGAAAGAUAGCCUGAAGUGUCUACUUCCAGAAUCUGUAUUGCUUUUGGUUACAAAACUGGUUUUUCGGGGAUUUUGAGCAAGUUUUCUAAGAGCCUCGAAAAAAUGGGUCUUCAAAUAAUGGUUUGUUCCUGGAUAUUUAUGCAAUUAAAAUUUUUCUGAACACACAGCUUUGUAGAGCGAACGUUUCUGAUCAAAAUAAGCACAACUCUGUAUGACCUUGCAUCAAAAAGUUACAGGCAUUUUCCUAGAAGUCCUAAAAUCGAGUAUUUCAUACAGCGUUUAAUACAGUGUUUUCACUACAUAAGAGUUACACCUGAAGUGCGUCCCAAGAUUUUUAAUCGCGGUUUGUCGUAGAGAGUUCAUUCUUUUUUUGUUUAAAAGAGGAAAAGAAACUACAUCGAGUGACCGGCGUCGAUUUAUAUAGUUUUUUUGAAAGAUCACACGGUCUUGGAGAUAGAGUUCGCUAAAGUUCUAACAAUCGCCGAAAGUUUUAGACAAGACUCCCAUAUUAUCGCUCUCAUGAAAUGGUAAGGAAAUAACAAUUAUAAGCUCUAAAGGGCGGGGACAUCGAGACCCCGGUUUUUGGAAAACCAGUUUUUUAGAAACUCUAGAAAACAACCAGAACCUUUCUUAAUAAGGCGUGAUUGUAGUCUGCACAUUUCUGAUGAAAAUGAGAUAUCUCCCAACCCUACACGGAUUUCUUGUUUCUUGCUCUUUUUUCUAUUAUUAUUAUCUCUGGUCGCUUCUCCUUGCUUCUUGUCCUUUCUUGCUGUUUCUUAUUACAUCUUCGUUCAAGAAACGAUUCUUCAAAACUUAUUAAAUUUAGCAGC